GAUUCCCGAAUGAACGCACCUUAAUAGGUAAUUAAGCUAUAAUGGUUGUUGAUGUCAACGACGUCAAUGUCAAGUAUUUUAUAUGCAAUAUUUUUGUUUAUUUUUUAGAUGUUUAGGUAAUCUACGGAUUACAAGUACAAAGUUAAAAGUGUAAUUUAAAGUGAAUGUAAUGUGUAUUAAGUGUAAACCAAAAGUUAUUGUUGAUGUUUUCCGUUAAAGUUGUGACGUUACACUUUCAGAGUGUCAAUCAGCUUUAUUAAAUUAUGUUUAUAUUUCUUUAAAGUAUGUCAACAAAUAUGAUGGAAAAGUUUUUAGAGGAAAGAACACAAAAAUACCAAUUUCUGAAAUGUUUAUAUACAAUGCAAAUAUUAUUAUAAGCCGAGUUUUAAAAAUUAAUUGUGCCUAUGAAAUUGUUAAAAUUCAUUUAUUAUGAGUCACACAAAGGAACACAACCCCCUUUCCCAACCUUUAAGAGUUGAAACUGAUGGUACACUACACCCCGGAGAAGAUACAUACUUCGGUGAUGUAAAUAACCAUAAUGAUAAUUUGGAUUCCUUGGGCCCUCUACCUCCCAAAUGGGAAAAAGCUUAUACUGAGAGUGGAGAAGUAUAUUUUAUAGAUCAUUCUACUGGUACAUCACAUUGGUUAGAUCCUCGAUUAUCAAAAUUUCAGAAAAAAACUUUAGAAGACUGUAUGGAUGAUGAGCUGCCAUAUGGCUGGGAAAAGAUAAGUGAUCCUCAUUAUGGUACAUAUUUCAUAGAUCAUGUCAAUAGAAGAACUCAAUAUGAAAACCCUGUCAUCCAAGCAAAAAGAGCAGCUUCACAGGCAUCUGCAAGAGUUAGUAGAAUAUCUUUUACAAAAGAUCCAUCAGAAUUAUGUGGUCAACGUUUCAAAACUUCUCUAGUUAAGUCAUCUAGAGGCUUAGGUUUUACUAUUGUAGGAGGAGAUGAUGGAGUAGAUGAAUUUCUCCAAAUAAAAUCUGUAGUGCCUAAAGGCCCAGCAUGGGUAGAUGGACAGCUACAAACAGGAGAUGUAAUCGUAUUUGUUAAUGAAACAUGUGUUCUUGGUUAUACACAUAACCAAAUUGUUAGACUAUUUCAAUCCAUUAGUGUUGGUUCAACUGUAGCUUUAGAAGUUUGUCGAGGUUAUCCUUUGCCUUUUGAUCCAAAUGAUCCAAAUACAGAAGUAGUAACUACUAUAGCUGUGGAUACACAUUUACAACCUGUUUCUGAUGAAAAAUGUUUAGUUGACAAGAAUUAUAAUUUUGUUGAGGGAGAAGAAAUCUCUCAUAAUGAUAAGACUAUUUUAGAUUCUAGUAAUGAUAUAGAUGAGCUCUUGAAAGGCAUGGGAAAUAUUUCAGUUAGCAAAAUAGAUGUAAAUGUAAGAAUAGUUAAGGGAAAUUUAGGAUUUGGAUUUACAAUAGCUGAUAGUGCAUGUGGGCAAAGAGUUAAAAAAAUUCUCGACCACCAACGCUGUAAAAACUUACAGGAAGGUGAUAUACUUAUAGAAAUAAAUGAUAUUUCAUUACAAAAUAUGUCUCACGAUGAAGUGGUACAAGUCUUGAAAAACUGUCCUUAUAAUAGUGAAGCUAGCAUAUGUGUUCAAAGAGGAUGCUCAACAAAAACGCCCACAGUUAGAAAUAAACCCAGAAAAUUAGAUAUUCGUCAUAAUGGCAAGGAUGUAUGUAAUGCAUAUAGAAGCAAAACACCAACAGCUGAUAUUUAUAGUACUCAACCUAGAGAAGUUCUCCCAAGUAGACCUAAAACUCCUUUGGUAGAUACAAGGGGUUUAUCCAAAACUCCAAUUAAAGAUAUUAACUCCAAUCAAGAAGUUUUCAAAUGUGACUAUGACAAUAUUAACACUGAUAGAUCUCGAUUACGUUUAUCACUCAUUGAUAACCGAGAGGAAGACAUAGAUAAUCUAGAUUUAGUCCUUGAAACCCAAAAUAAAUCUGUGGAAGAAUUAGAUAAGUUUAAUUUAUAUAACCCUGUAUCUCAUAGAUAUGAUUGCUCUUGUGCUUAUUGCUCAAAUCCCCGUUCAGCAUUAGUUGAAUCCAUUGACACCUAUGAAAAUGCCAAAAAAUAUAAUGGAAACGAUUGGUGGUAUCCCUCCCCUAAUAUAGAAUAUGUAACAACAGCAAUCACAUUAAACAGACAAGAGACUGGAUUUGGAUUUAGAAUAAUAGGAGGGAUAGAAGACAAAUCUCAAGUUGCUGUUGGGCACAUAGUAGCAGGAGGCGCAGCAGAUUUGGAUGGAAGAAUAAGGUCUGGAGAUGAAAUAGUAAGUGUAGAAGGUUAUUCUGUUAUAAAAGCUUCACAUCGACAAGUAGUCCAACUCAUCAAUGCAGCAGCAGCAAGAGGUCAAGUUAAUCUCAUUCUCAGAAGACGUAUAAAUCCUCAAAUACCUAUUAGUAGUGGAAAUUGGCAGGCUGAAAAUUAUCCCCAACUGUCUACAGUCAAUAUGAAUUUUAUAUCCAGCAACUCUCAUCCUACCACAACAUAUGAAGUUACAGUCCAAAGGACAGAAAAUGAAGGAUUUGGAUUUGUCAUCAUUUCAUCUGCAAACAAAAUAGGAUCUACAAUUGGUCGAUUAAUAGAGGACAGCCCAGCAGAAAAAUGUGGAAAAUUGCGAGUAGGGGAUUACAUAGUUGCUGUAAAUCACAUAGACAUUAUGCAUUUAAGUCACGGUGAUAUUGUGAAUCUCAUUAAAGAUUCUGGUCUCUCUGUCACUUUAACAAUUGGAACUCACUCUGAUCUUUGAUUAAGAUAUAUAUUGUUUUAUGUAAAACUGAUUAUACAUUAGAAGUAAAAUGAGAAAAGACUAAUAUGAAUUAAAAUUACACAAAUAACCUA